GCUCAUUUUCGUUGUGCUCGACUCGUCUUUAGCGAAGAACUCUAAACCAAACCCUCAAAUCCUUUGAAUUUGAACUUUCAACUUUGAAUCUCUCGCUCUGGUUCGUUGAUUGGAGGUCUCACCUUCAUCUUCAUCUUCAUCUUCAUCUUCAUCUUCAUUCAUUUCAGUUCACAACCCAAUUUGGGUCGAUUUCAGCUCAUUAUGGAUAAUCAGGGUAUGAAUAAAAUGGCUAAAACCACAUCAUCAUCAUCAUCAAUGGUUGAAGAUGAUGACAGAAUUUCGAAACUUCCUGAUCCACUCAUCAUUCACAUCCUAUCGUCUCUCCCAACUGAACAAGUGGUUCGAACAUGCAUUCUUUCAAAGCGUUGGAAUCACAUCUGGUAUUCAGUUCCCACACUCUUUUUCUCCAAUAAUAUUACUAAUAUUAGUACCCAUCGUACUGCUAAAAAUGAAGUUGUUAGGAAACAGGGCCGAGAUAAGUUUUACAGUUGUGUUGAAAAAUAUUUGGAACACCGUAAGAAAGGUAUGCAUUCUAUCGUUGAUUCAGUCAUAUUAACUAGUUUUACACUUAAAAUGAAGGGUUACUAUCAAACAAGUAAGGCUGAGGUUCUAGAUAAAUGGUUAGCUUUUGCGGUUGAGAAUAAGGUUAAGGAAAUGUAUCUAUGGAUAGACAGAGAUGAAGCUUGUGAUGGUGAGGAUAUGUAUGAUUAUGUCUUCUACUGCUUACCUAAAAUAAUAGAGAGUGCAAGAUAUUUGACUGAUUUGGAGUUGAAUGGGGUUGAGUUGGAUACUUCUAAUUUUGAUUUUCCAUCACUAAAAGCUUUGUCAUUGGUAUAUGUUAGGAGUUCAUGUGCUGUAAAGAAUGGAGAGGCGUUUAAGUUUUUGUUGGGUUGUCCUUCUCUUGAGAAAUUGCGGUUACAUAAAUAUUAUUUCAAGCGCGUUUCCUCAUUUACUGAGGAUGAGGUUCGAUUGGAAAGUUUAAGCCUCAAGUUCUUGGAACUGAGAGAUACACGAUAUCGUAAAUUAGAAGUUGAAGCCAUGAAUCUCGAAUCUUUGGUACUAAUUGGUGUUACCGAGUACGAAAUAGAUAUCUCUGCUUGCAAGAAAAUAAGAAAUCUCUCAUUAGAUGAUAAUGGUCGUAAUUUCAACCUAUCAUUACAUGAUCUUAUUUCUAGUAGUCCUCUUCUUGAGAAUUUGACUUUGAAUUUCUGCUAUAAUUAUAAUAAUCAUUUUAAAAUCUCGGGUCAGAACUUAAAAAGUUUCAUUUUCAAGAAUUGUUGCUUAAACAAGAAGAGGAUCAAGAGCAAGAUUAAGGUUACAAUUGAAUCAACUCCGAAAUUGGAAUACUUUUAUUAUGAAGGUCAUAUCGAUUUAAACAUGUCAAUAGAGCCAUCGAAUUCGUUAAAUGGAAAAAUUGUGCUUUUUGAGAAGGAUCAUCAUGUAUAUGAGGGCUAUGAUGCAGUUUGGUUUACAGAUUUGUUAAAUUUUCUUUUGAAUCUCAAUUGCUCUUGGAAUACUGUAAUCCUACAUGCUAAAAAUUUCGAGUCUCUCACUUGGCCAGAAAAGUUGAAGAAGGUAUGUCGUUCUCCUUUGCUUAAAUGGAAGCAUCUCAAAGUUAAUAUUGAAUAUGGAUAUGCCUUCGGUGUUAGUCGUAAAAAAAUAUUAGCUUUGAAGGACUCCUUGCUGUGGAUUUCACCUUCUUUAGAGACAUUAUCUAUUGAUGGAAGGAAGAUCAAGAUAUUGUAACUGCUGAUUGUUAGUUUUAGAAAAUGGUACUGUAGUCCUUUAUGAGAUUGUGUUUGUUUUAUUUCUUUAUUAUAUUUGAUUGUGAACUUAGUACUAUGGUUAUGAGGGUGAUACUGAUACAUAUGAAGUUUAUUAGGUAAUUUUCUGAAUGGAUUCUUCAAGAAUCAAACCUCAUGAGAAACCUAUGAAAUGGUCUUGGAAUAUUUGGGAUUUUACAUCAUUUGUAGUUAUUUUAUUUUGAUGUAUUGAUAAGACAUCUGUUGUGCU